UUCUGGCGGAAGCCGCCCCGGAGGCGGGCGGGGGAGGAGAAAGGGGCGGGAGGCCGACGGGAUUGCUCCAGACCCGGCGACGGCUGGGUUGUCAUGGAGCCGCGGGCCCGGCCUGGCGCAUGCGCCACCUGACCCGCCGGCUGUAGUACUUGGAGUGGCGACCGCGACCCCGGCCCGAGGGCAGCCCAGAUGAAAAGAGUCCUGGUGAACCCUCUUCCAGCCCAGUAAAACAUGGAGAGGAAAAACCCGUCCAGAGAGAGCCCCAGAAGACUCUCGGCCAAACUAGGCAAAGGCACAGAGAUGAAAAAAGUGGCCCGGCAACUCGGCCUGGCAGCGGCCGAGUCAGACAAGGACUCUGGGUUUUCAGAUGGGAGUUCGGAAUGUCUGAGCUCGGCGGAGCAAAUGGAGUCGGAGGACAUGCUGAGCGCCUUAGGCUGGAGCCGGGAAGACCGGCCAAGACUGAACUCCAAGGCUGCGAGCAGUGCCUUCCCUGCUCUGUCCCCCAUGGUUGUCAUGAAGAACGUGCUGGUCAAACAGUUAUUUCUGAGGAACACAAACAGAUUUUCAACAAGGCAACCUGCAGAAGCAGGUAACAAGGACUGUGCUGUUUUCAUCUGCUUUCAGGGCAGCAGCUCAUCCCAGCUCCAGUCAUGGACUGUCCAGCCCUCCUUGGAAGUGAUCUCGGCACAGCCACAGCUCCUGUUCCUUCACCCGCCUGUGCCCUCGCCUGUCAGCCCCUGUCACGCUGGCGAGAAAAGGUCCGACUCCAGGAACUACUUGCCCAUUCUGAAUUCUUACACCAAAAUAGCCCCACACCCAGGCAAAAGGGGCCUCUCCCUCAGCCCAAAAGAAAGAGAACGUGGAACGCAGAAGAAAAUCUGUACUGAGAGACCUGGGCUGAGCCUGCCCGCCAGCGAGCCCACCAAGGCAGGUGCUGUGUCAUCCAGUCCCCCGACUGCAGCACCCUCCAGCGCCAAGCUGGCAGAGGACUCAGCUCUGCAGGGUGUGCCCUCCCUCGUGGCAGGCGGAAGCCCACAGACUCUUCAGCCGGUGUCCAGCAGCCACGUGGCUAAAGCUCCCAGCCUGACCUUUGCUUCCCCCGCCAGUCCUGUCUGCGCCUCAGACAGCACUCUGCACGGGGUAGAGAGCAACUCCCCCCUGUCACCACUGUCAGCUAAUUAUAGCUCACCUCUGUGGGCCGCAGAGCACCUCUGCCGCAGCCCAGAUCUCUUCUCGGAGCAGCUGCCCAGCAAACACAGGCGCUUUCAGAACACCCUGGUGGUCCUGCACAAGUCCGGCUUGCUGGAGAUCACUUUGAAAACCAAGGAGCUGAUUCGUCAGAACCAGGCAACGCAGGUGGAGCUAGACCAGCUCAAGGAGCAGACCCAGCUGUUUAUAGAGGCCGCCAAGAGCAGGGCUCCUCAGGCUUGGGCCAGGCUGCAGGCAUCGCUAACCCUGGGGGCUGGUCAUGACCUAGAAGCAUUCUCUGAUCACCCGGACAUAUAGCACAGAAGGCAGACUUUCCUGUUACUUGAGAGCUUCUUUUUAACUUCCUUGCUGUUAUCUUACUCCUGUUCCCCAAAGCUUAUGCAAGGUCUUUUCCUUCUACUCUUAAACUGUUCAGCAGUUCACUUAUGAAGCCUCAUGCCAACCCCUGGCUGCUGUCUUAACCUGUGGUCUGUGCACAGUUUACAUAUGUCUCUGUUCCACUGAGGACCUCUGAUUCGGGGUGUCCUUGAGUCCCUUUUCCUUAGCCUGCAGGUGCUUAGAUGGGUCACAAGGCAAAGCAGGAGAGAGGAGUGUGUGGAACUCUAGCUGACACCUCCCACCAUCCCAGUCACUAACCCUGUUCGCCUCCCACUGUCCCACUCACUGUGAUCAGAGAUGCAGUGACAUGGAUGAGUGCACUGAAUGACACCUGUCAAGCCAGGAAGUAAGUGACAAGGAUCCCUUCGCAGAUCUUCCCUUGAAUAUCUUAGAGAAAAGUGAGAGGAGGCAUGGUUGCAUUCCUGAAGGCAUCAUGCCAUUUGGCCAAAACCUAAAAUGCUUUGGGCACAGGCUGGGCCUAGCGUGCAAACACUUAAUGACUUAAAGCUUUGUUUUCUUAAACUUGAAAGUCAAGGGAAAAGGGUGGUACCAUUUAACUCUGACACUUCCAUCACAAACCAGGUUUCUCUUCACUGAAACUGGUAGGCAAAAUAACUUCAGCUUUUUAAAGUAUGGAACGGAUGCAGUACCAUCUGGAGUUAUAGUCGAUGAAUUGCUUUUCUGAGUUAGCAUCUGAAGAAACACAUGGUCAGUAUCUCUUGGUUAGGAGCUGGAAGAUUCCAGUAAUUUGUGCUUUUUUUCUUUCUAUUUUUGAAACAGUGCAACCUGUUUUAUGUGUGAAAAUCUUAAAGAUAGCGUCAUGGUGCCUGAGCGUGAGUGAUGGUGUAAAUUAACCCUCUGCUGCCACUUUUUCUUCUUAAAAGAAGAACGAUGUGGUUAUUAAGCUUGAUAGGCUAGGGAUUAAAAUCAUCCCGAGGUUAUGAAAUAUAAGCCCACAAAGUUGGAAAACAUUCUUAGCAGUUUCGCCUCCAACACUUUUGUGUGAUGCACAGUGACGUGGAGUGAGCGGGAGCAGCGUCGUCUUUGUCUCUGCCACGUGCUGGCUUUGGCAGCAAGCCCAGAGGUGUGGUGUGUAUGUGAAGCUCACCUGGGAAUGGAGGCUGUGAUGGGAAUUUGCAGACACACAUGCUUUCAGCUUCAUCAGCAAGGUAAACUGGAUUCUAACAGUGAAGCUUCAGACUUUUUCUCUCAUUUAAAAAUUUUAUCCUCUUGAAAACCUAAUAACUUCUAGAUGACCAGCUUUUACACAGGAAAAUGUUCUUGAAGUUUUACCAAGGCCAGAAAGAAGCUAAAGCUCAUAUCUGCGAGGUAGUGGUAACUAACGUAGUUUAAAAAAUUACAAGGCUUUGGAUCGCCUCCACUUUAUUCUUGAACGUGCGUGAGUUAGGGAAGGCCAAUUUACUAGUAGAAAUAACUUGCUAAAAUCUCUAGACUCCUGAUUAACUCAAUUAUUACCUGCCAUUUGCUUUGUGAAAGAGUGUCAGAUCAGAGCCAGUGUGUCUUUAAGCAGACCUAGCUCCUUUGAGUAUUUUGUCUGGGCCUCCCCAAGUCUGCGGUACCACAGCAGUUCUGCUCUGGGCACCAUGCCAGGAAGCUUCCUUUUUGGCAGAAUGCGUUUGGCAGCAGAGCUACAGAGACAGGUGCAUUCGGAACAGCCUGGCGCUAGCCAUGAGUCUUACUGAGUGUCAAAAUCUGAACACAAUUGCUGAGAACCAAAUUUAUUCCAUCCGAAAAACCUGGAGCUCUAAGCCUCUUGGAAUUUUCUUCCCAGAUUAAGGUUUGCAUUUCCCUUCUGUCACAGUAAAAGAUGAUGAAAGCCAUCGUUGAUCCUCACAGCUCUUGUCUGGCCUUAUGACUUAGUGCUAGAAGUCUCUAAGCUCUUAUUGUACUUACCAUGGGUGCCUGUUGUCUAGUGGAGCUUGGGGGAGGCGAAGAGAAGCUGGGUCUUGGAAGGAGAGCCCAUUGAAGCUAGCAGACAUUGGGGCCAGGAGCCAGAUCAGCAAAUGGAGGAACCUUGGAGUUGACCAGAAAGACCUUGAUUGCACAAGGCUGUAAGAAGCAGUGGUCUUAGCAAUGCAUGAUUUGAUCUGGUAUGAUGUCCCGUGGCAGAGCUACUGUUUUCUGAAUGUGUGAAGCCAUUCUUAGCUCAAAUCAGUCCUUCUGGCAGAUUUUGUUGGCAAUAUUAAAAAAAAAAAAAAAAAAAAAAUCUAGAAAAAGCUGCUAAUUGAAUUGAUUAUGGGAAUGGAGUUUAAUGACAUUGUAAUUUAUUGCUCUCAUUACCAUUUAUUGAUUAUAGUAUUGUCUGACUUUAUUGAUUCCUUCAGCAGAAGGUAACACAAGCAUAUAUCAAAGUGUUUUUCCAGUUAUGAGUUCUUUAGGGUAGAGAUUUCUUUACCAAAUGUGAAUUCUUUUGAAGAAAGAAGUAUGAAGUUUUGUAGAAAUUGACUGUGAAAUGUCAGAGAAAAAUAAAAGUCACAUACUUGAAAAUUA